AUGGAGAACACGCGGGUCCAAACGGUUCGGUUGAAGCCUCGAGGCCGGCCACGCAUCACCCCUGGGCCUCCCAAGCCGCCCAAGAAGUUCCGUAACACCCUGACCUCGUACAAGAUGAAGUGGGCAGUGAUAGAAUCCUUCGACAGUGUUGGCAUGGCGGAAAUACUGGCACGGUUCUUCCCUCACCACAAAGAUGGCCGCUUGGACUCCACACGCAAGAAGGCAACGUCGUGGCCAUGCCAGGAGAUCGUGCGCACAUACGGUGUUCCUGUGACAUCCCGCAUGAUUCAAGUUAUGGCACUUGAGAUGGCCAUUGACUCUGGUAUCGAGCAGCGAGCAUUCACUGCAAGCUGGUCGUGGUUCCAAGGCUUCAAGAAGCGUUUUAAGCUGACGCUACGUGCAGGCACACGCAUCGGUCAAGACACGCAAGGAGACGGCGACAAGGCUCUCGCAACAUUUGCUGCCCGUGUCGCCCAAGUCAUGCGCGACAACAACAUUGACGUCGUUUACUCUGCCGACCAAACUGCGGUCAACUACGAGUACCUCCCGUGA